GGGGUCAGAGGUGUCCCCACCUGUAGCUUUUAGAUCCCCAAGUGCUCGCAGGUGGGGUGCGGGCCCAGGAGGGAUCCCGGGGAGGUGCGUCCGAGCGCGCCCACGAUUGGUGCGCAGGGACCCGGGGGCGGUAAAGGGAAGGGGCUGGUCCGCGCCCGGCAAGGAGGGCUCCCGCCCGCGUGAGCGCGGGGCCGCUGGGUGACCCGGCUCCUGCUUGCCCCGCAGCCCCGGCCCCCUGCCCACCAUGAACGCCAGCGGCUCGGGCUACCCGCUUGCCUCGCUCUACGUGGGCGAUCUGCACCCCGACGUGACCGAGGCCAUGCUCUAUGAGAAGUUCUCUCCCGCCGGCCCCAUCCUGUCCAUCCGCGUGUGCCGCGAUGUGGCCACCCGGCGCUCGCUGGGCUACGCCUACAUCAACUUCCAGCAGCCCGCGGACGCGGAGCGGGCACUGGACACAAUGAACUUUGAAAUGCUCAAAGGCCAGCCUAUUCGCCUCAUGUGGUCCCAGCGAGACCCAGGACUUCGCAAGUCAGGUGUGGGCAACAUCUUCAUCAAGAACCUGGAGGACUCCAUUGACAACAAGGCUUUAUAUGAUACCUUCUCCACCUUUGGGAACAUCCUCUCCUGCAAGGUGGUGUGUGACGAGCAUGGCUCCCGGGGUUUCGGCUUUGUCCAUUUUGAGACCCAUGAGGCUGCACAGCAGGCCAUCAACACCAUGGACGGGAUGCUGCUGAACGACCGCAAAGUCUUUGUGGGCCACUUCAAGUCUCGACGGGAGCGGGAGGCGGAGCUGGGGGCGCGGGCCCUGGAGUUCACCAACAUCUACGUGAAGAACCUCCCGAUGGAUGUGGACGAGCAAGGCCUACAGGACCUCUUCUCCCAGUUUGGGAAGAUGUUGAGUGUGAAGGUGAUGAGGGACAACAGCGGUCACUCGCGGUGCUUUGGCUUUGUCAACUUUGAGAAGCAUGAGGAAGCCCAGAAGGCUGUGGUGCAUAUGAACGGGAAGGAGGUGAGCGGGCGGCUGCUGUAUGCGGGCCGGGCCCAAAAGCGCGUGGAGCGGCAGAAUGAACUGAAGCGCAGGUUUGAGCAGAUGAAGCAGGACCGGCUGAGGCGUUACCAGGGUGUGAACUUGUACGUGAAGAACCUGGACGACUCCAUUGAUGACGACAAACUGAGAAAAGAGUUCUCUCCUUAUGGAGUAAUUACCAGUGCAAAGGUGAUGACAGAGGGUGGCCACAGCAAGGGGUUUGGCUUUGUGUGUUUUUCCUCCCCAGAAGAGGCGACAAAGGCCGUGACAGAGAUGAAUGGGCGCAUCGUGGGCACCAAGCCACUCUACGUGGCACUGGCCCAGCGCAAAGAGGAGCGGAAGGCCAUCUUGACCAACCAGUACAUGCAACGCCUCUCCACCAUGCGGACCCUGAGCAACCCCCUCCUGGGCUCCUUUCAGCAGCCCUCCAGCUACUUCCUGCCUGCCGUGCCCCAGCCUCCAGCCCAGGCUGCAUACUAUGGCUGUGGCCCGGUGACACCCACCCAGCCUGCUCCCAGGUGGACGUCCCAGCCACCUAGACCUUCCUCUGCCUACCCUCCAGGUGCCUCGAUGGUCCGGCCACCAGUCGUGCCUCGUCGCCCCCCGGCCCACAUCAGCAGUGUCAGGCAGGCCUCCACCCAGGUGCCACGCAUGAUGCCUCAUACCCAGAGAGUAGCCAACAUUGGUACUCAGACCACAGGACCCAGUGGGGUAGGAUGCUGUACACCAGGCCGGCCUCUCCUGCCGUAUAAAUGCUCCUCAGCAGCACAUAGCACCUAUCGGGUCCAGGAGCCAGCUGUGCACGUCCCGGGACAGGAGCCCCUGACCGCGUCCAUGCUGGCUGCAGCACCCCUGCACGAGCAAAAACAGAUGAUUGGGGAGCGUCUCUACCCCCUUAUCCAUGAUGUCCACACCCAGCUGGCCGGCAAGAUCACGGGCAUGCUGCUGGAGAUUGACAACUCAGAGCUGUUACUCAUGCUGGAGUCUCCAGAGUCCCUCCAUGCCAAGAUAGACGAGGCAGUGGCCGUGCUGCAGGCACACCAGGCUAUGGAGCAGCCGAAGGCGUACAUGCACUGAAACCAGAAAAGGAAAUCCUCACUUCCAUGGCUGCCAAAAGGACAGUGUUUCUGGCUCUCAGUCCUAAGGCCCUGCAAACUCUAACUUAUUUCCCCAUGAGUCUGUAUCUAUCCUUGGGCUCUGUAUCUGAAUGACGGUUGGUCACCCAUCCAGCCUAUUACCUUUUGCUUUGUGUAUUAAAAGUGCUGCAAAAUCUG